AUGGACGCCUCCAAGCAGCCCGUCAAGCUCGUCAAGGUCACCCGAGUCCUCGGCCGAACCGGUUCUCGUGGUGGUGUCACCCAGGUCCGCGUUGAGUUCAUGGACGACCAGACCCGAUCCAUCAUCCGAAACGUCAAGGGCCCAGUCCGUGAGGACGACAUCCUUUGCCUCCUCGAGUCCGAGCAAUCUUCUAGGUUUACCACUCCUGUAAUGUCAGCACCCAAGCCUCCGGCCGGACAUUUCAACGUCCUUUUCUUUGCCAGUGCCAGUUCCUUCACAGGCAAAGAUCAUGAAGCUCUGCCAGCCACCAUGCCGCUCAGCAAGCUCUUCGCCGAGCUCGAGAACAGAUACCCUGGCAUCAAGGCAAAGAUCCUUGACUCGUGCCUUGUUACUGUCAACCUCGAUUAUGUAGACUUGCCCGGUGAGGAGGGUACAGAAGACACGAUGAUCCGAGAAGCAGACGAAGUGGCAAUCAUCCCUCCCGUCAGCUCCGGUUAA